UCCAGAGAACCAGAUCACAGAUCGCUCUGGCGGCUGGGCCCCUCGUCGCUCGCCGUCCACCCGCUGGAUCGUCGUGGGCAGGCGACCUGUGGUCCGCCUGUAGGCGAGAGUGAGGGCGUGGACAACCCCGAGGCAAUGGCGGCGGAGGCCGAGGAGGAGGUGCGGCUGGAGGUGGAGGCGGUGGCGGCGGUGUACGGAGAAGACUGCUGCGUGUACUGCGACUUCCCUCCCCACCUUGUCGUCCACGUUCGCCCCAACACUGCCGACGACUCCUCGCAGCAGUUCGUGGAACUCUUUCUUGGAAUUAAAGCAUCCUCCCAGUAUCCAAAAGAACCACCUCAUGUUUAUGCUGUGGAAAGUAAGGGCCUCGAUGAGAAUAGACAGGCAUAUCUUAUUAGCAGUAUCCAAGACAAGGCAAAAGAGCUUUCCUACUACCCAAUGCUUGUGACUCUGUGUGAGGAAGCUGGAGAGAUCCUCUCGAAUAUGAAUCAUCCAGCCGGGGAUUGUCCACUGUGUCUGUAUCCUUUAGUCUCAGAGAAUAAUCAUGAUUCUGCUUUGCCAUUUAUGAAGUUGAUGUCAUGCUACCACUGUUUUCACAGUGACUGUAUUAUGAGAUGGUGGGGCUGGCUCCAGCAUGAUGAUGCCAAUUCUAAGAAGAUAGACACAACAAUAUCUACCGAAGGUGCGAGAAGACUUAUUUUUAGCCUUUUUCCUUUCUUUAAAAACACUUGUUCUUUGUGCAUAUUGCCUGGAUCAGUUUCGCGCACUUGAGAACUAGUACUCUAC